AGAGUUUGAUGGAUAGACGUAAUACAAACCCUAAUGAUUAGUAGAAAGGCUAACGGUUGAGGCCUAGUGAGUCAGAGCCUGUUUAUGAAUUCUAGAGGCCCAUUAACCUUUUUCAGUUUCCCGCCACAUUUUUAUGCCAUCGCCGCUACUAGAGCGCACUAGGGAUUCACUGUGUACGUCCCCAAUCUCCACCCAUCGAUGGCUUCAGACUCCGACCCUCCCUCGAAGCGCCGCAAGAAGAGCGACGGAGACGAAGUCUCUCAGAAGAACGACAAUGAACCGUCGGCGGCGCCUCUCGUUGUGUUCGCUCAUGGCGCAGGGGCUCCGUCCACCUCAGAAUGGAUGAUCAGAUGGAAGGAAAUGCUCAAGGAAGCACUGGGUGCUGUUGAAGUAAACACCUUUGAUUACCCAUAUAUUUCUGGUGGGAAACGUAAAGCUCCUCCUAAAGCUGAAAAAUUAGUUGAUCAUCACCUGGAUGUUGUAAGAAAUGCCAUAGCAAAGCAUCCUGGGCAUCCUCUUGUUUUAGCAGGAAAAUCCAUGGGUUCAAGAGUCAGCUGCAUGGUGGCCAACACUGAAGAGAUCCAUGUUUCGGCAGUUAUUUGCUUAGGCUAUCCUCUAAAGGGAACUAAUGGAGCGGUACGCGAUGAGCUUCUAGUACAACUUAAAGUUCCAACAAUGUUCGUGCAGGGUAGCAAAGAUAGCCUCUGUCCUCUGGAGAAACUGGAAACUACUCGCAAGAAAAUGAAGUGUAUCAAUGAGCUCCAUGUCAUAGAUGGAGGCGAUCACUCCUUUAAGAUCGGCAAGAAGUUCCUGGAGUCCACUGGAUCGAACCAGGAUGAAGCUGAGAGAAAAGCAGUUGAAGCGAUUUCAGAGUUUGUUUCUCGGUCUACCAUGACUUGAUCCUUUUGAUGCUCGAUGUCUGUAACAUCUUUACUCUUUUGUUGCACUUGCUUGAUAUGCUAGGUAAAAACGGGAUAUGAUAUGUGAUCUGAAUGCUAUUUAAAGGAUCUCGCUUUUGUUCGGAUAUCUGAUCCUUAUAGUUUUAGGGUUGUGCGUCUAAUGUUCUGUAUUGUUCGUAGAGUGCUCAUUAGAUGUGAACACUUUUUCCAAUGUUUCCUUCUAAACAUAGUUCUAGUCUAAGGCACAUAGUCCUUUGGCA